AUGACGAUUGGUACAGGUAGCAUUGGACUGCGUAACAGCAAUCGCAGUACAAAAAAUGCAAAAUAUAGUUCAAGCAAAAUUCGUUGUAAUCAAUAUGGUAGUGGUAUUACGGGAGGAAACUCUAUGCUUGGAGGUCAACCGUUAUGUGGUUUACCGGGCGGAUCAAAAGGUGAAAUAAAGCAUCGUUUUGAAAUUACUAAAAAGCUUGGAUCAGGUACAUAUGGUAAAGUAUCGCUUGCUUAUGAUCAUAAAACUGAACGAGAGGUUGCUGUAAAGCUUAUUAAAAAGAGUGCUAUUGAAAAUAAGCAGGAUCUGGUAAGAAUUCGAAGGGAAAUACGAAUAAUGUCUGCAUUGAAUCAUCCAAAUAUUAUACAAAUUUUUGAGGUAUUUGAAAAUAGGGAUAAAAUAAUACUCGUGAUGGAAUAUGCAUGCGGUGGAGAACUAUACGAUUAUGUGAGCACAUAUGGAUCACUUCCAGAAUCUGAAGCUCGUCGAAUUUUUCGUCAAAUCACUUCGGCUAUUCUUUACUGUCAUAAAAAUAAAGUGGCACAUAGAGAUUUGAAAUUGGAAAAUAUUUUGUUGGAUGCGAAUAACAAUGCCAAAAUUGCCGAUUUUGGACUUUCCAAUUAUUUCUCCGACAAAACACUGUUGAAUACAUUUUGUGGUAGUCCACUUUAUGCUUCACCUGAAAUCAUUAAUGGAACACCGUAUAGAGGCCCUGAGGUGGAUUGUUGGAGUUUAGGAAUUCUUCUCUACACACUUGUUUACGGGUCAAUGCCAUUUGAUGGUCGUGAUUUCAAUCGAAUGGUUAGACAAAUUAAACGUGGCGCAUAUUUUGAGCCUGAUACUCCAUCAACUGCUUCAAUGUUAAUUAGAAAUAUGUUACGAGUGAAUCCAGAAAGACGAGCGGAUAUUGACGAAAUUGCCAGUCAUUGGUGGUUAAAUUUGGAUGAAAAUAUGCCUGUAAUUCAAGAACUUCCAGAAAAUCAGAUUAUCGAUCAUACACCAUUAACUGAUCGAGCAGAAACGAUGGUAGUACAAGAUUUGGCUGAUGAAGCUGAUGUAUUCAUGGAUUUUGGUCAUUUAAGUCCUUCGACUAGACUUAAAAUUGAGGAAUUUCGUAGACGACGUAAAGAAGCUGAAGAAUAUAUUGAAAAUUCACCAAUAAAACCACCAAAAGCACGAAAAACAGAUGGCACCGAAUUGCCAACACUUACAGCUGCAGAAAAAAGUCUCCGUUACGAUCCUCGUUUAAAUAAAAAAAAGGAACGUGAACGAGUAAGUGAACGAGUGGAAGAACCGAAUAUAUAUUAUGAACCAUUGGAAAGAUUAAAACGAUUGGAAUCACGAUUACAAAACAAAGAUAAUCAGACAGUUGCUACGGAUAACAAGUUAUCAAAUACACCUAAUCAGGCUCAAGCAAACAAAGAAGUUCGUCGUUUUAAGCAACCAACAUCGGGAACCGCUGGUGGAUGUAAUAAUAGCACCAGCAGAAUGAAGAACAAAAAUGAACGAACUGAAUUGAGUCCGGAACAGCCCGAUGAUCCGGUUACUUCAAAUUCCAAAAUUAGCGUAAUAUCGACAGGUGCAAGCAGUGAAACUUCCAAACCUUCAUUUGUUCCAUUGGAUUCAGAAGGUGUGAUUGCAGCAGCUAGAACAUCUCGGAAACUAUCGACUGAAACAUGGCGAUUAGAGAUGGAUUCAUUGAAUAUGCUUAUGAAUCAGGUAUUAGAACAAAUGGAGAAAGGACCAGUUAGUAUGACAUUGGUUGCACGCAUUAAAGCUCAUCCAUUUUAUGAUUCACGACCGAUGGUAAAAGAAUUGCUAGAAUCAAUUAUUGCAGCUCAACCACCAUCUGUGCAAAAGCAAGCUUCGAAAUUAAUCCAACAACAAUCUCAGGAAUUAAUUAAACGGCAAACAGCUGGAGCAGCAGCAGCAGCCGCAGCAGCAGCAGCAGCAACAGCAGCACUAGGAUCAGUUGGUGGAGCAACAGUAGGAAUACCAAGUAGACGAAGUAGUAAGGUAAAUGAGUUAGCAACAAAUUCAUCAAUUAAAGUUGACGAGAAACGAACAUCUGGAAAAUAUCAAAUGACUGGUACAGCACAGCAUUUUGGACAAGCGAAAAAUUUUGGUGAACGACCAUGGCAUAGUGUUGAGGUUGGUUUCGAUCCAGAUGAUGAUGUGGAGCAUAACGUUGAAACACCAAAAUCUUUCUCUCAUAAUGAUGAAGUUACAGAAGAGACUGUCCAGGAUACUUCGUUCGAAGAUACAAGUGAUGAAGAAGUCAUCUCGGAAAAUGAUAGAAAUCAGCCUAAAGCACAUGAGGAUGAAUUGAAGGAAGCUAACGAAUGUGAUGAUGAAGACGAUGAGGAGGUUGAAGAAAGUGAUAGCGAAAUUGAUGAACUUGGUAAAGAAGUGGAACAGAUCGAGGAUGAAGAAAAUGGUUCUUAUCGUACAGCAUUAUCAGUGGAAAAUCUUAGAGAAGGUGAAAAUAAUCCACCACCGGAUCCACAUAUGAAAAAUGUUGCACCACAAUUCGUCGAUGCUUUCGAUCGAGGCUUAGCAAAACGACAAAGCAAAGGAAAAUAUCAGCACAGUAAAGUAGAAUUAUACGGUCGAGGUGUAUCGACGGAAUGUGAAAGUCCAACUCUACCACAUCGUCGUAUCGGUGGACCUCAACCGACCAUCGAAAGAUCGCCAUUCCUCUUUGAUAAGGCAAAGAAAUAUAUCAUGACAUAUCCAAAACCGAUCGAUGAUAGCGGUGAUGACAUUCCGGGUAGACUUGGCAAAAAAAUUGUAAAGAAUUGGCUACGAACACAGGAUCCAGAUGUUAUGGUUUCAAGCAGUGAAACUCCGGCUGAAAUUGCAAAUAGAGUUUGUUCGGUACCACCACGUUCACCUCCAAAUGUGAUCAAAUCGGAGGAUGAAGUCUCUGAAUCAGAAAGUGACGAAGAUGAGGAAGAUGUUGAAAAUGAAAAUGAAGAAAGUGAUGAAGAGGAAAGCAGUGAAGUAAGUGAGAAGAAUGAUGUGGCACCAAACAAACAAUCAGUUGACGGUGAGAAACGAAAAUCACAAACGAUCAAACAAGAAAUAAAUGCUACUACAGGAGAUGCAAAAUAUCAGAUGAAAUCGAAGGCUAAGGAAGAAUAUAAUAGAAAAGAUGUAUCAUUGGCGACAAGAAAAAUAAGUGAACCAAUUAAAUUAAGUAAUCGGUCAUUAGCUACACCAUCAUACGAUGCAGCUAUAUCAUUUUCACGGCGUCAUAACUGGGAUCGUCGGCAACGAAAUCGUACCAUUGAUGUUCCGGAAAAUGUUUUGAAGAGCAUUGCUGAUCAUCGUGACGAAAUGAUACCAAACCGAUAUAAUACUGGUCAUGCAAUAGCAACAACUAAUGAUACUAUCGGAUCAUGGACUCGAACAUCAGGUGCAUCCAAUCGAUCCAUUUCUCCUGGUUUAACAAUAACUGAUCACACUUUAUAUCCAGCUGAUGCCUUUUAUAUUCAUAAAUUUUUAAAAGAGUCGGAUGGUAAAGAUUUGGCUAGUGCAGGAUAUCCAAAUUCUAUUGCUUAUGGACAAAAUGCACGUUAUACUGAUGACAGCUUUAGGACUGGCGAAAAAGAUACAAUUUCACCGACACGGCAUAAUGUUGGACUGAAUCAUAAUUUGUAUACGGUACGAGAUGAUAAACGGAAUUCAAAAACAGCGCAUGAUCUUUCACCUGAUCGACCUGAUUUGUAUGCUGGAACAACCAAUGCAAGCAAGCUGGCUACAUCGGGUUCAUCAAACAUUAGUCGUUAUGAUAACGAGUCAUCAAUACCUCAAUCAUGGGCAUUAGAGCCAAAAAGAUUUUACGUGUAUCAGACAAGAGCGGAACGUGAAGCGGAGAAAAAUACAGCUGUCAGCAAUUUGCAUCCUUCAUCAACGUAUCGAACGACGGGUUCUUCAUGGUACGGUGGCACAUCUGCCGUCAAUCAUCCAAUUUCUUCAUAUGCAGCAGAUUACAAAUCUCGAUAUGAUGAUAAUUAUCUUUAUCGACGAAACAACGCUUACGAUAUUGAUACUGGAACUGCUCAUAAUGCAGAAAUAACGCCUAGCAUCCAAAAUCAAACAAAUCAUGAUUCAUCAAAUGUUGCUUCACAUCGUUAUCGACCAGUUGGAAGACAUAUUGCAUCAGUUCUUAAUGAUCCAACUCGUCGCACAUAUGGUCGUUCAAAUAGUAUGGAAAGAAGUGCAUUACGUCAAGAUGAUCUUGAAUAUUACGGUUUACGAAAUUUCAUAGCGACAUCUGAAUUGAAUAAUGGUGAUAAAGGAGAAUAUAGUUAUAUCAAUUUUCACGAUACAGCAAUUCGAGGAUCAACACCACAUGAACCAGAUCAUAGCAAAUUGCCAACACGAGGCAUUCUGAAAAAUAAACAAAAUACGGAUAAUGACCAUACAUCAGCCGAAAUAUCGUCUACGGGAAGUGGCCAAGGAAUUGGUGGAGGAAAAGAUCAGAUAUCUUCAACUGCUGGUAAAGUUUCGAAAGAUGAGCAAUCAAAAGCAGCUAAGAAACGUUCACUUUUUCUGGCACUUGGACGAAGACGAACAACAGAAAUGCGCCUUGGACCAGAUAGUAAAAUAACAAUUGGAGGGAUGGAAUCGGACUUCAAGAGACCAUCUUCACCUAUUGAUAAAAUUAAAGCACUUUUUCGAAAAAGUAAAGAAAGUGUAACAGUGCCGGCAUCUUCCAGCAAUUAUGCAAAUCUUGAUUAUCCUAAUUUUCUACCAUCCACUUCAACAAGAUAUGGUUUAUCGGAUAAAGUUUAUGGUGUAUAUCCAUCAUCUCAUCUUACACCUGCAAUCAUACGUGAUUCAUUUUCGCCACAAUAUAGGAAAUAUACAGCUGCUGUAACAACACCUAGUAGCAAUUAUAAUCGAUAUAAUUAUUCAACUGGUACAAAUGAUCGAGCUUUACGUUAUUGGCAUGAAGAUCCUCACAUAUAUUAG